CCCAGAGCGAGGCCCAGCGUGGUUGGCCCUCUUGCCGGUGGACACCCACUCCUUCAGACCCAGUAGCCCUGCUGGGUCCAUUGGGAGCCGCUGCCCCUCCGCACGCUCCGGGGCCGCCCCGCCUUCCCGAGGGGGAUGGGCCGCUGGGCGGGGUCUGAGCCCCGCCCUCAUUUCCAGGGCGGCCCGGAGCCCGGAGGGCAGCACCGCAGACGGCCCGAGGGCCUUGGGGACCACCCUCCUUCCACCUCCCUGAGAGCCUCCCUAGCAGGUGCCAAACGCCGCAAAUGAUCCCGCUGGUGACUCGGAGCUUUGGCAAGACAAGCGCUUCCCGUCUCCUCUGUGAAAGGAGCCAGGCCUUCUUCCACCUGUGGUUGCUGUACAAGGAGACACGAGAGAAUGCCAGUCAUUGUCACCACUCGUCAUCACAGGUCUGAGCGAGAGAACACCGGUCAUUGUCAUCACAGGUCUGAGCUCCGGGGGGACGGGCGUGUCCUGUUCGCCGUCGUGUUCACCGCACCCAGGAUGGCGGAGGGCCCCAGGGACACUUGUCAUGUGAACGAGCGAGUGAAGAAUGACCCCCAGGUGCGUUCACAGGACCGCGUCCUUUCCAGAGUGUGAUGCUUGCUGCUCCGCCGUUCAGACUGCGCUGGAGAUGGCGCAGCGCCCGGCUCCAUGCUAGUGGGCACUCGUGCCACACCUGUCGAAUGAACCAACAUCAGCAAGUCCUGAUCCCUGAUCUCAGCUGGCUCCUAGCCCGUGGGCCUGUCCAGCAUCUUAAGGAAGAGGCAGAGGUUCCAGGGGUCCGGUCUCCAGGGGCCUCCUUCUCACAGCCGUGCCCAGAGGUGCGGCGGCUCUGGGAGGCAAUCAGCUCUGGAGCACCCACGUAUCACCCCUCGGGGACGUUGUGUGCAUGGGGACUGAGCUGCGCCAGGAGCCCUGUCUCACCUUUUCCUUUUGACUCAACGCCCCUCCUCUGGGGGCUUCCUGUGCCUCCAGAUCAGCGGCACAACGCGUGCACCCCUAGGGUCCCCCACGUCCCUGUCAGCUCCUCCAGUGUGGGGACAGGGCCUGAGCCAUGGUCCCAGCCUCAAGGCACAUGUGCACCUGGCGGAGCCCCCUCCUCUGAACCAUUCCUCUCUCAGCGUGGGGGAUCCUCCAGGUGUCACCCAGUGACAGGAGCACUGGGCUCUGCACGCAGCUGCCCGCAGAAGCGCCCCCUGCCUGCGUGCCCCUGUCCCCUCUGCCACAGGAUGGGCUUUCUAAGUGUCCAAGGAGGGGACACUCGGGGGGGGUCACCUCCAGGCUGCGGGGACCCACGCAGCAUAAACGCUUCCAUUUGCCUCUUCUCGGUGCCGCACCUCAUCCCAGAAGCAGCGGGUCCCUGUGCCAUUUGCAAGGCGCUCGCCGCUUUCCAAACCUCGUCCUGUCCCUGCUUGGUUCUCAGCCCUCCUGUGACACAGGCAGGUGUUGUCACCCCACUUGGCGGGAGAGGAGGGUCCAGAGGAACAGGUGACUCGGUCAAACCCUGCACCUUGUCAGAGGCAGAAGCGCCCUGGGGCCCUGGGCGCCUCCUCCCCCAUUUGGGCGCCUUUGAUGUGCGCGUACGAGGUGCCCUUGGUGCUGACCUGUGCUCUUGGGAUAAUCCUGACCGUGACGCCGCCGCCGCCGACUACGGUGGAGGUGGUGAUGGCUAUAAUGAUGGCUAAAUUCACCAAACCCCGAGCGAGGCCCCUCACAGCCUUGCAAGGUCGGUAUCAUGGCCACCCCCAUUUCGCAGAUAAGAAAACUGAGGCCUAGAGAGUGACUCAGUAGCAUCACACUGGCGGCAGGAGGCCAGCCAGCCUUGGUUGCUCUGUGGGAGGGAGAUCCAUGUGGCUGACAGUUGGGUUUUAGGGUGUGUGUUUACUUCUGUCAAGUAAAAGGCCAUUAUCCAGGCGGCCCACCUAGGCCCCGGGUCCCUGGAAGAGCACAGUCACAGGGAAAUGGGACCUUGGAGGAAGGUUGGAGGACGCAAGGCUGCUGGCUUUGAAGACGGAGGGAGGGCCGCGGGCCUGGGAGCGUGGGACCUUAAAGCCGGAGACGGCAGGACACGACUUGUCCCCGGAGUCUCCAGGAACCAGCCUGGCCUACAGGGAUCCGCCCGGUGUGUCCUGUGUUGAACUUGACCUGCCAAACUGUAAGAUGAUAAAUUUGUGUUGUUUCAAGCCACUGCGUUGGUGGCAAUUGGUCACAGCGGGAACAGGCACGGAUAGAAUGUGGAAGAGCAUGAAGCCGGGACCCGAUUCCUUCACGCCUUCCCGCAGGUCUGCAAGGGCUGGAGGGGAGGGCGCGCUACCAUUCAUGGGAGCUGCAGAGAGAGGCAGGGGGUCAGGGGAGAAACGGCACGUCUCCCGAGGCAAUGCAGUUUGGGACGCUCACUCGCCUCCCUCGGAACAGGGGUUCCCCGUCCCCCACCCCCGGUUCCAGGCGUGGGUUAGCGGGGAGGUGCUGUCUGAGCGGCUCCCUCUGCACGUGCACUUCUGGAGACUGGCGGGCGGGGACAGGGCAGGAAAGGGUCAGUGCUCAGGGACUGAGCCACCUCUCUCUGGGCCCCCAGGAGGGGAGCUGCCACCCCCAAUUCCCAGGGCUGUAAGGGGGCCCCAGGGUGGCCACGGCAGCCGCUGGGCCCUGGGGAGUUCCUGGAGUGGGGCUGGGGUGUCGGGCGCUGUCUGUCUCUGAGGCCGUGUAGCCAAGGCGGAUGCGAUGCAGACGAGGGCAUCUGUAAAUGUGGCCAACUCCAACAUGCCUCGACUGGGCUCAGGCUCAGAGAGAUUUGGGAUCCUGGAGACCAGCAGAGCAGAGCGAAUCUCAGUGGCUGGUUUCUCUGAAAGACCAGCCCCAAGAGCCCCAGGCUUACGGGAUUCCGCUGGGAGAUGGGAAAUCCUUGUUAAAGCAGGCUGGUCCAAGACAAGGACUUGCCCGUGUGAAUAUGCGCGCCCCCCCCCACACACACACACCCUAAAACCAUCUCCAGCUGCUCAGCUGCCGAGACCUUAAUCCAGGAGCUGUGACCCAAAGGCUGUGAGCUGCAGA